AUGAGCGCUAAACGGGGAGCAGAUUCGGGGGCGGGAAACGAAGCACUGAGGCCAACUAACCAAGUUGCAGCUGAAAAACUUUUACUGCACGGGCUUAGCAACAGAACCAGAAACCAAAAACUUCGUGAAGCGUUUGCUAAAUUUGAUCAUGUUCUUCAUGAUCGCAUAGCUAAAUACACCCAAGGCUUUGGGUUUGUGAUAAAUGCUAAUUUCGAACAUGCAGAAAAGGGAAUCAAAGGAAUGGAAGCAAAGAUAUUUGCCGGGUGUGCAGACGACCAAAAGCUACCAAGGGGCAAUCAGCAACCUCAGAGAGUGAUCCGGAUACUAGCCCAUGUUUAA